GUUACGGACUGUUUUUUGAAAUGUUUUACUCAAAUUUCUUUAUAAAGGUGUACCUAAUUUAUAAUGACUGGCUAGAAAUAGCUAAUAGUUGUGUAGUUUUUUUUAAACAAGUAUUGCUAAAUUUCCUUUGGCCGUUUAAAUUAUUCAAAAUUCACUGGGAAAAUGGCAACGGCGGGCGAUCAAAAUAAAGAAUCAGCGUUUGUUCUGGUUUUGUAUCAUUUUCGCGUCCAACCAAAAGCUACUGGCCCAACUUAUGCGCUCCAACAGCCUUUUGCUACUUUAUGGGACAACCUGAUAACUGUACUUUGGUCAGUGUAUGGCAAAGGGUCGAAAAUACAAAUAGGUAUAAAUCAACUUCAGUGGGCUUUGGAGUUCAUGAAAUGUAUGAAAAUUGACUAUGGGUACCCAGAGAGUAUAGAAAAAAUUGUAAAUGAGCUCGAAGAUCGAUUAAUAUCACUGUAUGCAAAAGUAGGCCAGAAACUUGCCGAAAAUAACGAGAGAAAAAAAACCGAAGAAGAAAAAGCGCAAAAUGAAAAAUCAGAAACUGAUGCUGCCAACGCUGAUGAGUCGAGCAAAAUAACAUCUUACAAUGAAAAAGACAUAAUAAGUAAAUUGGAAGGUCUGAAAUUGCCACUGGACCCAGAAACGGGCGAGAUAAAGUAUUUGACGACGUUAAAUUCUUUAGGCAAAAGGAAAUCAAUGGCCGACGAUUGCCCAAAUGACAAGAAAGAUUCGAAAAAUUCUCUGAACAAAGACUAUAUGAUUGGGGCAUUGAAAAAAGUAUUGACUAAGCCAGCGGAUGAUGCUAAGAACGAAGUCGAAGAGCUUAUUAAACAAUUGGAGGUCAAGUCAUCAGGAAAACCAAAAUAGUUGUUUAUAAAGUAUUAUUUUACUAACGUAAUAAAUAUUAAUUUGUUUAUACUGGUUUUAUACUAUAAUUUUGGCAAUGUGAAAAAACUAACAAGUGUACUAAAAGCAAACCUACUGGUUUUGAAAUAUUUCUGUUUUCCCAGUCGUGCAUAGUCGAAGUUGAAUCGUAAAAAGAUCAAGUACAUAAAAUGUGUUGUUA